CUGACUUUUUCAAAAUUCCUAAACUAUUAGAGAUUUGGCAAUUAAUUUUGCUGAGGUGUCAUUUCUUAGUUUAUUCUCACAUAUAUGGUUUAUACAAAAUACAAAAUGGGAUACACGAGGAACGCUUUGGGAUACGCAGACACCAAUUCAUUUUAUGCCUCUUUGAAUUCCAAUUCAAUUUGGAAAAUUGAGUUUCAUUUAUAAUUGUUUUGGGAAUUAGAAAACCCUAUCUACACCAUGGCUUUACAAAUUCAUUCUUCUUCCCCUUUCAACUCAUUCAUGAUAUCUUUUUGUUUCCCCUUUCAAUUCAUUCACAAAUUGAAAACCUAUUUUCGUCACUCAUUCACAAAUUCUUUCUUCUUCCUCUUUCAACUUUUCCAUUCGAAUUUACAUCAACGAUGGCGCGACCGAUUGAAUCCGUGAUGGACAUUAACGAUUCUAAAGAUUUGUGGAAGAUUGAUGUUCGUUGUAGACAUCUCUGGACUGUGAGAAGUUCGUCAAACAAAGAACACCUUGAACUAAUUUUGGUUGAUUCUAAGCUGGAUAUGAUACAAGCAAUUGUACCAUCCCAUCUGGUGUCGAAAUAUGUGGGCGAUCUUGCCGUAGGAGCUUCAUAUAUCAUGCAGAACUUUAAAGUCUCAAACAACGAUUUCUCCUUUAAGUCUACUACUCAUGGAUACAAGUUGGUAUUUUGUGGUUCAACUUAUGUUAAGAAAACGGAGCUCCCGGAGAUUCCUAUAGAUUAUUUCAACAUUCUUGGUUUGGCGUCCAUUGCUGAUGGAAAAUUCCAGCCUAAUGUAUUGGUUGACAUAGUUGGAGGAGUUACUGAAAUUCUGCAGACUCAGAUAAACUCAGAUAACAACAAAAGCAAGUUUGUGUUUAUGAUCACUGACAUGAGCAAAAUUGUCGUGCAGUGUACACUAUGGGGUAAUUUUGCAUUGCAAUUUUAUGAAUACUACAAGAAUCAUGGGGAAGAUGUGAACAUUGUUUUUCUAUUACAAAACGCAAGGAUAAAGGCUGCGCAAGGAGGUUUUCCUUUAAAUGUAUCCAAUGCUUGGAGUGGCACAAAGCUGAUCAUUAAUGAUAUUAGUAAUGUUGAAAUUAAGAAGCUGAAGGAUAGCCUAAAUGCUGAACUGCCAAAGCUUUCUUCAUCAAGUUUGCAAGUUGAAACAACUCAAACCUCACAGUAUUCCGAUUUUGAUAAAUUUAUAUGGAAGGCCGAAGUCAUUAGUUUGGCUGAGAUCGCGAUGCUUAAACAAGAAACAACAUGUGUCACCAUAGCGAAGUUGGAGAAGUUUGAAGUUGGUAAUUCCGGUUGGUAUUACGAUGGUUGUGCCGAAUGUACCAAGAGCGUCGCUGUAAAAGAUGGCAAACUUAAGUGCUAUGCAAAUCACAUAAGUUCUGAACCCGUGCCAAGGUACAAGCUUGAAGUGUUGGGAGUUGAUGGUAAAUUCAAGUCCCGUUUCGUCUUUUGGGAUAGUGACUGUUUCAAGUUAAUUGGAAAAUCUGCUCUACAGAUGAAAAAUGAAUUAGUGGAGGCCGGUGAAGACAAUCCGUUAGAAUUCCCUUUUGGUCUUGAUGCUAUGUUGAAGAAGGAGUUGGCAAUUAGAGCUGUUUUUCAACCGAAAUUUAAUCGUCUUUCGGUUAUUAGCUUUAAAGACGAUGAAGAUUCACGUAAGAAAGUUAAGGACACCUUCAAGUCUCAUGAGGUAUGUAUUAACAUAUUAUUGGCAAAUGUUUCAAUCUCAUUGAUUUGUAUCUUAAUUCUGAUUUGA